AUGGGGCCACGCAUUCACGACUAUGAGCCACUCGUGUACCUCACAUUUCUGAGGCUUGAGGAGAGGCGGAUGGAUCCGAUUGUGGACAAUUUUAGUUUGGAUUGGAGAAAUCUCUUUAAGAGAUUGAAAGAGGUAGACGGCACGAAGGAAAUAUGGUACCUUCGAGAUGAGGUCUAUCAAUCAUUUGAAGUUGACAUGUUUGCGGUAAUAGAGUGCGCAGAAACAACUGCAAUGGAGUCUGUGCACGAACUUUUGGAGUACGGAUAUCGAUAUCCAGGGAGAGCAACGUACGCUAUGAAGGAGUGGUUCACAAUCCCCAUGAAGGAGAAGGAUUUCGAAGACCUCAAAAGACCGCAUGAGAGCGUCGGAGAGACUGUCCUGAAUAUGCAACUACUCGACUACAGUGGGCUUGAGCAACAAGCCAUCGAUCAAGUGGAAGAUAAGCUGCAAGAAUUUUUUGAGAGCCGGCAUCACGCAGGGUUCACAUUUGAUCGUAUUGAAGCGAGAUGGACGACAUCCCAGAAGAGAACAGUUGUAAUAUUCGGGCCAACCCCCGAAGAGGCAGAACGCGAUCAGGAGGAGAAUGUGUGGGAAUUCGAGUGGGCAAAAUGGGUGUCAGAUAUGGGAUGGGAAAUCCACCAGCAUAGGAACAGACAUGUAGCCGGCCAUUUUUAUAUGCGGCCACUACCAAUGUGA